AUGCCCUCUACAACUACGCAACAACCCCUAACAGAAGCCACCCUCCUGACACGCUACCUCCUUCCGGACUCCUCACUACCGAGCAUUUUACCUUACAACACCUUCAUCACACUUCUGCCAUCAUCCGCACGCAAUGAUCCCUCCCUCGCGGGACACCUCCGCCGCCUGUACGCCGACCUGCAAUUCCAGCGCAAUGUCGACCUCGACAAUGUGCGCGCCAAUAUCGAGCGCGAGUGCGCUCGCGCAGGCACGGUAAAGGCCAGACUACGCAAAGAUGUGAUGCGCGAAAUGGGCGCGUCGGGGUCUACCAACGAGGCAGAGGUGGAAGUUGUGGACAUGGACCUGAGAAAGAGGGAGGCAAGCUUGGAGAUUGCGCCCAGCAAGAAACGGAAGCGCUCACCCUAUGACGAGGAUGAGGAUCAGAACGAGGACAACGAAGCCAGCGACGAUCCCGAGGACACCAGGUCCAACUCUCGGCCGGACAAGACAGCUGCGCCCACAGCGUCUGUGGACGAGGAUGACGAAGAUGAGGAAGACAACGAACGAACCGAGAUCCCCGAAUCACCCCAAACCACCAACGACGCCUCCUCUCCACCAGCGCUCUCCGAACCCCCCCACUUGCCCACCACAUCCACCAACACAAACGCCCGCCUCGACGCGCUCCUCGACACAGCCUUCCACGGCCCCCGCGGCAUAGCCCUACCCUCGCACACGCACCCUGGCGGCGGUGGCGGGGUAGCAUACCACAGCAAAGACUCUCUGCUCGACGCCAUGGAAGCCGCGAUCGCGAGCCUGCAGGGGGAGAUCGCGGCGCUGGAGACGGAGGCGACGCAGACGAUGCAGGCCAUGCGCGAGACGGUGGGCGACUUGAGUGACCUGAGAUACGGGAAGCUAGGGCGGGAUGGUGGUGGUGGGGGAGGAAGCGCCGGCGUGGAGAAUGAGGUGGAGGAGGGGCUUAGGGAGUUGAGGAGGGCGGUGGAGCGGAAGAUGGGGGACGGGGGUUGA